CGCGCGCCGGAACGCGGCCGUCGGGAUCAAGCGAGCGACUGAAGCGCAGCCCGCCGACGCCGCAGCCGCUGAGGGCCCGCACGGACCCUCUGCCUCUCUCCCAGGCCCGCGUUGCCUUUCAUCAUUUAUAUACGGAUCUUAAGAAAAUCCAAAGCUUUAAAGCGUUGGCGUCUCUGAAGAGCAUGCCUAUGGACAAAGGAAAGAGCACCAGGACGCUAAGAGCAGGUCCUAGACUUGUAUUUUCUACAGCUUUAAGUUGAAUGGCGAGAACGGGCCAGAGGAAAAGGUGUAGAAUGAGCCAAGGAGACUCGAACCCAGCAGCUAUUCCACAUGCAGCAGAAGAUAUUCAAGGAGAUGACAGGUGGAUGUCUCAGCAUAAUAGGUUUGUUCUGGACUGUAAAGACAAAGAGCCAGAUGUGCUGUUUGUGGGAGACUCCAUGGUACAGUUAAUGCAGCAGUACGAGAUAUGGCGGGAGCUGUUUUCCCCACUUCAUGCUCUUAAUUUUGGAAUUGGGGGAGACACAACACGACAUGUUUUAUGGAGACUGAAGAAUGGAGAGCUGGAGAACAUUAAGCCUAAGGUCAUUGUUGUCUGGGUAGGAACAAACAACCAUGAAAAUACAGCAGAAGAAGUCGCAGGUGGGAUUGAGGCUAUUGUACAACUUAUAAACACGCGGCAGCCACAGGCCAAGAUCAUUGUACUGGGUCUGUUACCUCGAGGUGAGAAGCCCAACCCCUUAAGACAAAAGAAUGCCAAGGUGAACCAGCUUCUCAAGGUUUCCCUGCCGAAGCUUGCCAAUGUGCAGCUCCUGGAUAUAGAUGGGGGCUUCGUGCACUCGGACGGUGCCAUCUCCUGCCACGACAUGUUUGAUUUUCUUCAUCUCACGGGAGGGGGCUAUGCAAAGAUCUGCAAACCCCUCCAUGAACUGAUCAUGCAGUUGCUGGAGGAAACACCGGAGGAGAAGCAAACCACCAUUGCUUGACUGGCCCCAUCAGUGUUAACAGCAUCCCUGCUUCCUCAGAUCAGUUAGACCACUGGCACUACAGAAUCCUUUCUUAAGGCACUUUGCAUUGUACAAUGUUCCUGGAUGCUUGUAUGUUUGAAGGGGAGGAGGGAUUUAAAUUGGUCCUGUAUAUAAAGGUUUUGUUUGAGAGAGGAGAAAAAUUAGCCAAGGAAGAUUCAUUUGAAACCAGAAGGGGACUUUUUAGUUGUUUGUGACACAUUUGUAGAAUUAUCACUGUUUUUCCUAGGACAACAUCAAGCAAGAGUACAAUACGAAGAUUCUUUUCUUGGCCCUUUUUUUAAUGGAUUAUGUCAUGUGUGAUAAUUAUCACAUCUACUUGGCUUUAAACUUAUUUUUGGUCCAGUUUUAAGGUUCAUGAGUUAGUAUGUUGUGUUGUUUUGUUUGGUUCAUGUAUCCUCAGUAUUGUUAUUAACAUAUAGCAUCAGAUUAAACAUGCUUGUCACUCCAGUAUGGGAGAUGCUAUAGUUACAAGUGAGUUUGUUCCUCUCAAUCUUAAGCAGUGAAAACAAGGUCUGGGGACUCUGGGGUAGUUUUUGUUGCUGCUGAGUAUCAUGUCUCUAAUAGCCCUGUGCAUGCAGCCUUUCCUCUGCUCCCCUUCAUCUCUCCACAGGUGGGUGAUUUACAUUGCAGACUUUUAACUCAUCUUUGAUCUAGGACUUGCACUGCCGGCAGGAUGAUCUUACUGAUGUAUAACUCAUACUGUGUGGUGUUCUGUGAUGUAGGGCCUGUGUAAUGUUAAUCAUCCAGAGUUCUGCUUGUCACCCCCCCCCCACCCUGUUGUUUUCCUUUGUUUUGGGUGUAGGGGUGGUCAGAAUUGUUUCCCAUUCCAUAAUGCCUGAUGUUAUUUCAAGUUUUAUAUUAUCUUAAGGUGUAUAUGUUUGUUUUUGUUUUAUAUAUAUUAUAUAUAAAUAGAUAUAUUUUACAGUACUGGAAUCAAACCCAGGGCCUAGCACCCACUAAGCAAGUGCUGUGCCACUGAGGUAAUCCCUAGACAUGUUUGUUUGCUUGUUUGUUUGUUUUUUAAUUGGUUUAAUUCUUAAAUUCUAUCAGUUUAAAAAAUGGUUUUUUUCCCAUGGGAAACAGUGAAGCUGCUCUCACAUAGAUGUGCUAUCUUUUAUCAUUUUUAUUCCCUUCUUGUUUUUGUUUUUUGAGACAGGGUUUCUCUGUAUAGUCAUGGCUGUCCUGAAGCUCUGUAGACCAGGUUGGCCUUGAACUCAGAGGAUCACUUGCCUCUGCUUUCCAAGCGCUGGAAUUAAAGGGGUGCAUCAUCACACCUGGCUUUAGCUGUGCUAUCUCUAUUCUACCAUUUUAGUAAAGAUAAAGUAGAUUUCUUUUUGGUCUUUUGAGACUGUGUUUCAUAGUGUAGCUCUGCCUAGCCUGGAAUUUGCAUCAUAUACCAGUCUAGUGUCAAACUCACAGAGAUCUGCCUACCUGCCUCUGGACUCCUGAGGCCUGAGAGUAAAGGCAUGCACCACCAUGGAGGUAGCUCACUGAUAUUUUAAGGUUUCUUAUAUAAUUUAGUGUCUUUGUCAAGAUUUCAAGAGAGCUCUUUACAUUCCUACUGGUUUGCUUGAGCUACACAAACUGCCACUUGAGAGAAUAAUAAAUUAUUGGUCAUCCAAUAUGCCUGUGACCUGUAUAAACUGGAUCUACAAACAUUGUAACUGGACAAGGUUGGGGAUCAUUAAAUGUGCUCUGCAGUGAUUUUGCUUAAUGGUCACAUUUAGUAGUUGUGGUCUAGGUUUUCAUGUUCUGCUUUCAGAGCAGCCAUCGAGGCUGUUAGAAGAACUGUUGGUGUGUGCAGAGACCUGCACCUGACUGAGAAAAAUAGAGGUUGAGGUGGUUUUUACUUGGUGAGCAUCUGUGUAGGAAUUUAACACAUAGUGUUGUGAAUGUAUCAUGUCUUCAUUAGCAACAGGAAAAUACACAUGGUGUUUACUAAAAUCGUUUACUACAGUAAAAUUCCCUUUUUUUUUUUUUUUUUUUUUUUAGUAGCCCAUGUUCUUGAGUUUUUCAAGACAGAUUGUUUUCUGAACCGAGGAAUAAUUUUAGGAAGGAGAGUUAAUUAAGCCAGAAUUUUGUGUGUAAAAAGAACAUUUUCUACCCCAGUGUUUCUGUGUUCCUCGGAGAGUGGGAGUGUGGUCCAGAUGAAUCCAUUAGGUCACGCCUGCAGCAUGCGCUUGGAGACUCUCUUGACUAAGGAUGAACUAGUCCUGUGAGCUGACCUUCAGCUCCUGCAUAUGUGUAUAAACCUCAGAUGCUACUACAUUUUAUACCUACCAGAGCUCUUCAAGCAAUAGUAUUUGAACUACUAGCCUUUUAAAUAAAACUCUGUCCUAUUGACUAACAUGCAGCUAUGGAGUCCUCUGUCAUUUCUUGCCAGGCUUAUUUGUACUGGUUUAGGGGUAAAAUUGUUGAUUGGUUUUUCUUUGGUUGACAUCCCAGAUUGCUUCAGUGCCAGAACCGGUUGGUCUUUGUGAUUUUAAAGAUGUGAACAGAACUACUUUGUCAUUGGUUAAGAGGCCAGGCAGCCUGAGCAGAUACUGCUGCUUUGUUGUUGUUUUGUUUUGGUAGGUGGGGUGGUGAUUUUCUUAGGCAGAGUCUGCAUGUGCCCUGGCUCCCUUGAACUUUUGGUAAUCCUCCUGUCUCUCUCCAGUACCGGAGAGAAUCCAGGCCUACUCCACCAUGCUUGACUUGUUCUGUUCCUUUCCCAGUAUUUUCUUCUCUUGAGACUGGGUCUCAGUGUAGUACAGUCUGGCUUACCAUGAGCUGUGGAUGCCCUUGAACUCAGUCCUUCUGCUUCUUCCUUCCGAGUGCUAGAGCCAUGUCUCUACUGUGGCAGGUUGGAAAUGCCCUGGUAUUGUAGAUUACUUUUGGUAGUGCUCUGGCCACCAUGUCAGGUCUGCUAGGAUUGUUGAGAACUUCUAUCCAAUCCUGAUACUUCUGUCAAAAACCUUCACCCCGUAAAAUAAGUCUUGACUAGCUAGCUCAUAACCUGUUCUUAAGAAUUAUAACUCAUUGUUUAAGAAAAAAAGUCCCAAUUUCUGUUUUCAUUUUCAACCUAACUACUUAACAGCUGUGUGCUCUGCCUGAAACCUGUCUGUGCUAAGGUGUGUGAAUAUUGCCAGUUUUCUAUUUAUUACAGUGACAAAGAAACUAGAAACUUAGGGAAGGGGAGCAUAGCCAGCUCCUGACUCUGAGCAGUUUGUGUGGGAACAGUGAGUGGGGGCUUGCUGGUGGUCUUCCUCUCUAGGACCACUGCCGCAGACUGACCGAAGCAAAGGCUUCUUGACUAGAUUCCAUUCUGUUCAGUGUUCAUUUAAUAUAAAAGUCAACAUUUCACUGCAAA